AUGACUCAGGCGGGGAGGUACGACUUCAACGACGGCGGUAGCUACUGUGGCCAGUGGUCGGAUGGGAAGUUUCACGGUUACGGGGUGUGCACAGGUCCCGACGGACAGGGUAGGUACAGUGGCAAAUGGAACAAAGGGUUUGAAACUAGUGGUACCUACACUUGGCCCAACGGAAACACAUAUGAAGGCAGUUGGUCCAGCGGCAAAAUAAACGGGUUGGGAGUAGAAACGAAGGAGAAGUGGGUGUAUAAGGGUGAGUGGACGAGGGGGCUGAAAGGGAGGUACGGUUCGAGGUACAGCAAAACAUCGAGGGCCGCCUACGAAGGUACCUGGUCCACUGGACUUCAAGAUGGAUACGGCAUCGAGACAUAUGCCGAUGGAGGUGAGUACAGAGCAUGUUUCAUUAUAUGA